AUGUUAUUAAAUUGCUUAUUUUUAAACAAUAUUGGGGAAAAAAUUUUAAAAUUUUUUAAUCCUCAAUUAAAAUAUGAGAAUAGAAUAACGAAAAAAUGGUUCUUGAUGAAUCCAACUCAUUUUUUUAUAGCAUUAUUUUCCUAUUUGAUUUUUACUAUAUUAGCAUAUUUGUAUAAAAUAAAUUAUACUUCAAAACGUAAACAAAUAUAUGACAAGCAAAUAAAUAAAAAUAAAAAUGUUUCUUUUUCAUCACAAAAAGAUAAUAAUUUUCAAAAAUUUUUAAUAAAGAUAAUACCAAUAUACAACUUAAUACAGGUAUUUUGUAGCUUAUAUAUUACUUUAUUAACUAUUAAUGAAGCAAAAAAUAGAAAGUUUUCAAUUAUUUAUAAUACUGUUGAUUACACAAAGGAUAAUAUUGCUAUAUGUUCUUGGCUCUUUUAUAUAAAUAAAUUAUGUGAUUUCAUGGAUACAUUACUAAUUGUGUUAAGGAACAAAUGGAAUCAAUUUACCUUUUUACAUGUUUAUCAUCAUUUGUCAGUUUUUUUUAUCAUGUGGGUUAAUACAAGUGUUGGAUAUGAUGGAGAUAUUUAUUACGUAAUUACUAUUAAUUCCUUUGUUCAUUUUAUUAUGUAUUUUUAUUAUUUCCUUGCAAGUUUGAAAAUUAGAGUACCCUUAUUUAUUAAAGCAUCUGUUACUUAUGUUCAAAUGAUACAAUUUUUUUCUAUAAUAUUCCCAGGUUUUUUUAUUUUAUUUUUAAAUUUUAUUUGUGAAUACCCUAAAAGACUAAUAGCUCUCAGUUUUUAUUAUUGUAUUUCACUAUUGGUUUUAUUUAUUAAUUUUUCUAUUCAGACAUAUAUAUUUCCAAAAAAUAAAAUUGAUUAA